AUGCCGACUUACGAUUUUACCGACAAACGAAUUCUUGUGACCGGAGCCAGUCAAGGUGAGCUCUUUUUUUUUAAAUAAAAACGAGAACUUGAGCAAAUGGGUUAUGUCAACGUAUCUCGUGAAAUUGAAAUCAGUCGAUCAUAAUAAGAUCAUAAAUGGAAUAUGCGAAUUUAACUUCUAAUGGAGUAAGGUUACAACGAUCAGAAGCACGUUGAAGUUAGUUAAAACUUGUGCCAGCUGUCAGCUAAUAUUUCAAACACAUAAUGGCAUUUCCGGCCCAAACUUUGUUCUUCACUACGAAUAAUUUGAUAAGAUAGCAGAAAUUCUUUGGCCACAGAAUUUGUGUCUCUCUCUCUCUCUCACUCUUUUCUUCUGGUCGAUCAAACUAAACCAUAGGAUUCUUUUUAUAAAGUGUGUGUGUGUGUUUCGAUGCGUUGAGAAGACAAACCUAUUUAUGGAAAGAGAAACGAAUCAUCAAACAUCGCUUUGCAGGAAUUGGAAAAGAGAUUUGUUUGUCGUUGGCCAAGGCCGGAGCACAGGUCAUUGCAUUCGCACGCAAUGAGCCAAAUCUGCAGGCGUUGGUCAAAGAGACCAUUUCGUCGGUGAGUCGAAAUUUUUUCCAGAGUUGAAUUGAUCAACGUAUUUUCUUUAGAGAAACACAAUAAUCCCAGUUGUUGGCGAUGUGAGCGCCAACGAAGAAGUUCUUUUCAAGCUGAUAGUUCCACACUUCCCCAUCCACGGACUCGUCAACAACGCUGGAAUUGCUUCAAACCACGCCAUCGGGCAGAUCACCCAGCAGUCCAUAGACCGGUACCGUAGUCCCACACUAAUCGUCGCAUUAUCUCUCAGCUUCCAGAACCUUUGCCGUCAACGUUCGUGGCCCAAUCCUGAUCGCUCAACUGGUCGCCCGUAACUUUGUGGAUCGUCAGAUCAAGGGAUCAAUUGUCAAUGUUUCGUCCCAGGCGGCGAUUCGACCACUCGACAAUCAUACAGUCUACUGUAAGCACUAUUGCAGGGUAAUGUGGUCUGAUAUCGACAAUUUAGGCGCCUCAAAAGCCGCGCUUGAUAUGGUGACAAGGUGCUUGGCGAAUGAGUUGGGAUCGCAAAAUAUCCGCGUGAACAGUGUCAAUCCGACGGUAGUGAUGACCGAUAUGGGAAGAGAUGUGAGCCCUACACUAGGUCUCCCCGCCAUAAAAAUCGCUUGUGUUUUAGAACUGGAGCGACCCCGCCAAGAAGCAGAAAAUGCUCGACCGAAUGCCGAUCAAACGGUUCGCCGAGGUAGACGAAGUGGUCAACGCCGUUCUUUUCCUGCUCUCCGACGCCUCCUCAAUGACAACGGGAUCGGCGUUGCCAGUCGACGGAGGAUUCUCGAACAAUUAA